AUGCCACUUUCUCGAACGCUUUCUCCGCCUGGUCUGAGCAGCCCCGAGCUGCCUGGAAUGGUAAAGUCUGACACGGACUGGCCAGGCGAUGGCCUUCUCGGAGUCCAGUCUCGCUUGGAUAGACUCUCCGAGCAGGUCGACGCAUGCCUCUCGGAGAUCUUGACUUUGAAGUCCACACAGGCAGCGCCUUCCUCUGUGCGUGGCCCUCAAACAAUGGUGGUUCCCUCCACGCCGCCCCUGCGAUCCUCCAUUGUUUCGAGGGCCUCAGUGGAAAGCUUGUCCGCUUCCAGCUCUGCUCAGGAGGAGCGCCCCCGAUUGAACCGGUCAUCCAUCAUGUCGCAGGUAACUGUAAGCACCUCCGGGCUCAGCGCACGGACCACGCUUAGCGGGAGGCAGCAGCUGCUGCCCUACAACGAGUUCGGUAACGCAGAAGUGCUCAGUCGCAGGCAGCUUUCACGUAGACUGGGGCAAUAUCGACGGCGAGCGCGAGCAGAAGAACGGUUUCUGGACGAUCCAGCAGAUGCCCACGCAAGUGCUGCCAAGCAGUGGCUUGUUCAGAGGAGCCGCUGUGACGCAGUCUGGAUAAUGCUGGAUGAGCCCGACUCUAGCCGAGUGGCUUGGUGGAUCGCUCUCUUGCUGAAGCUGUUUGUGGUCGCUAGCAUCGUUAUCAUGUUUCUACAAGUUGGAGAUGAAACCUCGCUGAUGGAUUUGACAACGGCUGCAGUUCUAGAGACAGUUAUCGACUCAGUAUUCUUUCUUGAGUUUUUGUGUCGCGUACUCUCCGCACCGUCGAAGAAGACAUACAUCCUGGACCUUUACAACUGGGCAGAUAUACUUUCGGCUUCAGGCCUGGUUCUGCGCUCAUCCAUGGGUUUCGUGCCAGCGCCAUCGCCGUCUCCGGAAGAAAACGUUGUCCAGGCGCUGCUUUCAUACGUCCUGCCAGUCGUGCGCUUGCUAAAGUUGCUGAGAUACAUCAGCUCCUUUCGACUUCUGAUUGACGCCGUUUCGAACUCCCUGGAAUCCCUUCCAGUUCUUCUUUACACGAUGGGCUUGAUCGUCCUGGCUUCUGCUAGUGGCUUGUACCUGGUUGAGGCGAGGUCCAACAUUCCGACCUUGGCACACGCAGUUUGGCUUGCCAUUGUAACAAUGACGACAGUGGGCUACGGGGAUUAUGCGCCGAAAUCUACCGCGGGCUAUGUGAUCGCCUCGAUCCUGACAGUCGUAAGCGUGCUGUUCAUCGCUAUGCCCGUCGGGCUUGUCGGUUACGAGUUCACAGUUUGUUGGCAGAAUCGUGCCAGAGUGCUCCUGUUGGCGCGGGCUCGCAAGCGCUUCGCGCAGUGGGGCUAUCAAGGUCGCGAUGUGCAACUGCUGUUUGAGUACGCAGACACAGACAGGGACGGAUCUCUAAAUCUUCUGGAAUUUUGCGAACUGCUCAGUGAAAUGAAGCUUGGCCUGCCCAGUGACAGCAUCAUUGAGCUGUUCCAGCUUUUUGAUGACGAUGACAAUGGCUUCGUUGACCUGGCAGAAUUUGUUCGAGUGAUCUUUCCGGAUCGUGAAGAUGAUGACGAUAGCGCUGUCACACCUUUAGGUUCUAUCAGAGCAUCUGUGGUAGCUUCAACGAACCUGCCUGCAGUGCAGGAGAUAGAGGAGUCAGAGUAG